AAAAUGGAUGCAGGGAUUUGAGUUUAUGAAUCGGUCAUUUCUACUGGGUGGUGCUUUUGGUAAUUUAUAAAUAUGUGUGGGGUAUAAAUCUGUAAUUUCUGUGUGGGAUUCGCAUCUUUUCUUCUCAAAGGUGGUCUUUCAUCAGUUUAGUACAGUGUUUUUGUAAGAUUGUUACUUUGUUGCUUGUGACAUCUCGCUGCAAGAAUUCGCUAUGUAAAGAUACAUAACCAUUUAAUCUAUAAACACAACACAAACAAUAUAUUGUCAACUUCAAAAUAAUUUUAAUCAAGGAAAAUGGUCGUUCGUCAUAAUUUGCACAGAAAUGUUCGGAUUCUACUCGUUGGUGACAGAGGUGUUGGAAAGACUUCAUUAAUAUUGUCGCUAGUGAGUGAAGAAUUCCCCGAGGAUGUACCUCCAAAAUCAGAGGAAAUAACAAUUCCAGCAGAUGUGACGCCGGAAUUGGUUCCUACUAACAUUGUUGACUACUCAGCCGUGGAGCAGUCAGACAUGCAGCUAGUUGAGGAGGUGCAGCGAGCCAAUGUGAUCUGUGUGGUUUACUCAGUGGAUGAUGACGACACAAUGGACCGAGUAACGUCAUACUGGCUUCCGUUUCUCAGAGAAACACUGUCCCACACUCACCGCUGUCCCGUUGUCUUGGUAGGCAACAAGGUUGAUCUAGUCGAUUACUCCACUGUUGAUGCUGCUAUGGAUAUCAUGAAUGAUUAUAAAGAAGUUGAAAGCUUUGUGGAGUGCUCCGCAAAAACUCUGAACAAUAUUAGUGAGAUGUUUUAUUAUGCUCAGAAGGCUGUUCUCCACCCUACUGGACCAUUGUACAUAACCGAUAAACAAGAUCUGACUGAACCGUGUAAAAAGGCUUUAACGAGGAUAUUCAAGAUUUGUGAUCUAGAUAACGACGGACUACUCAAUGACCAUGAACUCAACUACUUCCAAAAACGGUGCUUUGAUUCUCCGCUCAGGCCUGAAGCCAUGGAUGACAUAAAAGCCCUUCUAAAGAGGAACAUUUCUGGCGGUGUCUCAAAUAGUAACUGCAUUACUCUCUCAGGUUUUCUUUUUCUGCACUUGCUGUUUCUGCAAAGAGGUCGCAGCCACACGACAUGGGCUGUCCUGCGCAGUUUCGGAUAUAACGACCAUCUGCGCAUGGAUAGUUCUUACCUAUUUCCAAAGCUGAAAGUGCCUUACGGCUGUUCUACUGAGCUCAGCUAUCGCGGCCAAAUGUUCUUCCUGAAUCUAUUCGAGAGAUUUGACUCGGACAAAGACGGCGCUCUCUCUCCACACGAGCAGGAGAAACUGUUCUCCAUCUGCCCCGCCCCUCCUUGGCGAACGGAGCUCAAGCACAUUGUUCCUACAAAUUCUCAGGGUUGGGUGACGGCAGAUGGAUUCCUGUGCUUCUGGGUGUUGACAACACUGCAAGACCCGAAUACAACCCUGGAGUAUCUGGCGCACUUCGGAUACGUCAUCAAUGAAACUGAAAGUCAACUCAGUGCCCUUCAAGUUACACGAGAGAAAAGUCUGGAUUUGCUGAAGAAACAAUCAACACGGAACGUGUACGAGUGCCACGUGUUUGGGGCGAAGGGGGUUGGCAAAACAACCCUCUGUCAAGGAUUCAUCGGUCGCAAAUACCAAGCUAGUGAGGUUGGAGCAGGAGAAACUCUCCCCACUAGUACAGUGAACUCUGUGAUAAUAUACGGGCAAGAGAAGUUUCUUGUACUGAAGGAGAUGAAUGUGCAAAAUAUAAAUUCUCUGACUGAAAUGGAUGUUAGCUGUGAUGUUGUGUGUCUAGUUUACGACUGCUCAGAUCCCAAGUCGUUUGGUUACGUCGCCAGUCUUUAUAAGAAGUACUACGUGGAGAACAACAUGCCAGUGUUAGUGGUGGGGAACAAAUGUGAGGAAGGGGAGGUGGCCCAGGAGGGGAGGCUGCAGCCGGCUGAGUUCUGCGACUUGCAUCACCUCUCCCCACCCCACUUCUUCAGCCAUCAGCCGCAGCGACAGAAGGAGUUGUUCAUGAAGCUCGCAACCAUGGCUGCUUUCCCUCGGUUCCAUGCCGCCUGGAUGCUCUUCUAUCGACAUACGAGUCACCUGAAGGAGUUGGGCCUUCUCACUGGAGACUCAAUAAUGCUGAAGGCAGGCUUGGGCAUCACACUAUUCGCCGCUCUCGGCUUCAUAUUUGUAAGGCUGCUUAACUCUGCUCAAAAGAGAUAGUUCCACCAAACUUCCUGAAAAUCCUAUCCGAAUUGUGAGACAGAAUCCUCAAGCUUUACCUCGGAAUGUGUGUUUAUAGGUUGCGACCAAACUUUAUUUAGCUUUAGCUGAAACUGUACGAUUUUGUAAAUUGCUUAUCCUGUUUGAUAAGGUAUGAAAUUGGAGGAAAUGCUGUAAAACAGACCAUCUUUUGACCAAUCAUAGUGCUGAUCUUCAAUAUUUAUCAAUCAAUGUCUUAUGCAAUUUUCCAACGUUUUUUUCCUAUUAGUUUCCAUCACUAUUUGUUCAUAAAUCCUUGUCUUCUAAAAAUUUGAGUCUUUGUUAUUAUUUAUUUUGUGAGUGUAGUUUUAUUUUGAACAAGAAGUUAUGUUAAAGUGUUUAGAAAAAAGUAGAAUAGGUUACCUAUGUUAAAUUAGUUUGUCAGAUAGUAGGAAAUGUUUAUUAUCUAGUGGUUUUUAAAACAUCUAGUUGAUGUAAAAUGAAAUGUAUUAUUUUUUGAAGAAUGCUAAAAAAAUUACAAAAGAAGAAAAAUGAUCUAAUGUUUUUGGAAAAAGUAGGCUAGAGUAAAGUUAUGAUUCCAGUUGGGUAAAAAUGAUGAACAUGUUUAUUUUUGUUGACGGAUCAAUAAAUUAUUUAAUUUUUGAACAUGGGCCGUGAUCUACGAAUUUAAAGUAAUUCUUCAUCAAUAUAAAUCUAUGUCCUUAUGAAAUUUUGGUUCUAUGAUUUGGUGCUCGUAAAACAUUUUAGAAGCUCAAGUUUUGAUUUGUUUUUUUUUCUAGUAAUAGUGAAAAUCGUAUAAUAUAAUCAAUUUUAUUUUAUGAAUUUGAAGAAACAUUGUUUGCUUUUCGAACAAUAUUAUUAAUAUAUUAUUAAUAUAUUACAAUACAGUACUCUAAUACCUUGAUACUAUCUAUACUCUAUAGAAAUUUCUACUCAUCUGCUCCAUUAUAAAUUCGGUUUCUUGCUCAACUGAUUUAAUCGUUCAAGAUUUAAUUUUAGCGAUUACCAUCAUUUUUCACUCUUCAUUUUCUAUACAAUACUCAUUGUUUCAAUUGCUGUGGUCCACUUUAGUGAGGUCCACGUUAUAAUGGCAGUAUAAGAUUGACAAUACUGUUGCUGUCCUUUUCUAUCAUACAACAAAACAGAUAGCGCUAUCUCUCUCUCGCUUUGCAAUGUUGUCAGUUUGCCAGAAUAUUUUAUUUUUACUUUUGACAGUGACUGUACAAAAGUAGACAAACAAUUCUCAGCCGCCAUUUUUUUCUUCAUUCUAUCAAAAUACUUGAGUACACAAGUCGUAUAAUUGAUUUAAAAUGAAUUUUUGAAACAAUAAAAUAAUUUUUAGACAUUACAGUAUGAGAAACACAAAUUAAUAUACCUGAAAUGACAUUUUUAAAGUUGAUAAUCAACCAUCCUAGACUCCAUCCAUGCUUCAGUUAGGCUACACGUAUAGGUUAGACCUACUCGUACUGGUAAAAAUAAUAUUGAAAGGUUAUUUCAGAAUUAUUUACAUUAAAAUUACUUUUUUGGGUAGGAUUUCUAUUUUUCUAUUAUCUUUAAAAGAAAUUGGAGUAGAAUACCUACCAAAUAACUUAAUUUCUGUUGUUUUGAACAGCAAUUGUUGUAUCACAGCUUUUUAAAUUAGCCGCCAUUUCAGAUUUGUAUAAAAAUAAAAAUCUGAUCUCAGUUAUGAAAGCAAAUUUUUGAAUCAAAUUAUGAAAAAAUAUAUUUUCUUUAUUAGUUUGACAUUAAAUUGAUUAUUUUAUCAAGGAAAUGAUAAUUAUUAUUAGAUCAAAUUUAAUGGGAUGAAUUGAGUAAUAGCUGUGUACACUCAGUGGAAAAAUGGAGAGACUUGGCAACGUUUUUCUUCUAUCUUUCUUCACUGCCAUUAUAACGUGGACCUCACUAUAUCAAUAUAUUUAUUAUCCAUUUCUCAUAAUUAUCCAUCCCAUUUCUCACGCACAAGCCUAGGGCUCGUGUGGGCUUCAUCUUUACAAGUACAAAAAAUGUCUAAAAAUUGAGUUUGGAAUGCGUCUGCAGCCAGAAUUGGCGACCGGUUGGUCUAGUGGUCUGGUUCGUGACAACCUUCAGUCUGCUUGCACUGCCCGGUUCCUGGCUUCGAAACGAUCAUCCUUUCCAAUCAUCCACGCAUAGACCAAAAGCUUAUAAAAGCAACAUCCGCAAUAAAAACAUAUAAAAAUUGACUCAUUCCAUCAAAACUACGAGUACUAGUCAAGAAACAUAUAAACUAUAUUUUCAUGUACUGUUAAACGGUACUUUGUAAUAAUUUGGUUGAUGAGUUGGUAUCAACUAUUAUAUCAACUAUUUAUAGCAAUACUACUCAUAUGAAUAGCCACUUCAGUCAGAUUCUGCUUUAAAAUAACAAAUAUAUUAUUGUAAAUAUUUUUAUAGUCUUAUGUUUUUCUUAAUUUAUUUGUUAUACUUCACACCUUACCUUUACGUCUUAAAAACACAAGCUAAACAGCAUCUCUAGUCAUUCAAUUAAAUUGAAGAAGACUCUCAUCAACACAUUGUUUUGCCGGAGGAAUUAGAUUCAUGUAUUCGGUGAAACACACAAGAGAACAAUGUUCAAAAAAGAAGUUAGAAUGGAGUGCCUAAAACUUCUGUUUCUUAACUUUAUCUCAUAAAAAUACACCAAACAUUUAGUUUAUUUCCAAAUUUAUAUUCCCACCAAAUCAUACAUCUUAAAAAUCCGUUCAUCAUUUUCUCUCCUAUGACUUUUUAUUAUUAUUUAUUCAUAGUAUUCAUCAAUCACAUUCAAGAUUUUUUUAUAGAUUUUAAUAUAUUUAUGGUGAAAUAGUUAUGUCAAUUAGCGUUUAUUUACAGGGUCUUAAGAAUUAUAAUAUGCUAUUUUAUCAAAUUAAUUGCUAAAUAUUUAGUUUGACUGUUAAUUUUCAGUUUUUAUUCUGUUUAUUUGUAAUCUACAUCAUCGAUCUCCAAAAAUGGUGCACAUAUUUUUAAAUGGAGGUGAAUUUGGCUACUGUGAAUCAGAAUUCAUUCCUUCAUUACUAUUAAUAUAAUUUAUGUAUAUUUUCGUUGCUUCCAGGAUUUUUUAAAUAGUCUCUUCUAUGUUUCGAAAUAAGUUUAUCAAUAUCGAAAUGACCUUGGAUUAGCGAUUUUAAUUUGUUGGCUAUAAGAGAUGAAAACAGUGUUGUGAAAUAUAUUCAGAAGAAAUUACUAAUGUUACCAGUCACAUCAUGUAAAAUGUAACCAUUACUAUGAUAAAAACUUGAAUAUUCAGCUCCAUUUUCGAGCAUAUUUCACCAAAUAAUCCCACUGCUAUUAUUUGUAAAUAUUUCCUUGAACGUUGUAUACCUGUAGGAACCAGACUGCAAAUUCCAUAGGAUAUGUGAGGUUUUUAUAAUAAUGUUGGUUGACUUGUACAUUAUUUGAAUCUUGAAAACUUCGUAUUGCGGUCAUGUGAACCUAGUUUUCUAUCAUUAUUUUGUGUAUAGUGUCAAUGAUAAUUAUAAAGGAAGUAUUUGAAAUUUCA